AUGUCAACCAAACGUAUUAAUAAAGAAUUAGCAGACUUAGGAAGGUAAGUUUUCUUCUUUUUUAGGCGAGAAAAGCCGUUGGUGGGUCCGCUGGAACCGCUCGGGCAAGUGACAGCAAAGUUGGUGACAGGACCCAUCGAGCGAUUUAA